AUGGACGGCGCAGUAGCUUGGGCUGUGAUGGUAUCGGCACUGACAGUGAUAGUGUCGUGCCACAAAGUCUGUUUCAUCGGAUCGGAGUACAACCCACAAUCUGGAAUCCCACCCCGUUGGUUCUUACCGUACAAAGAUCCGUGCGAAUGCACCGCUAUACGUCUCGGUGGGACGCGCAUAUCUGCUUCGUCGUACCGCAAGUGGGCGCCCUUCUACCUGGACGAGCUUUUCCUGAGCGAGGAUUCUUACGAAAUCCAAACCUACUUCAGCUGCAGUCGCGCGACAAAAGUUCCCAUAGGUAGGCCAAAAACGUAUAGCCUUGAGUGUUCAAGCCCAGAGCCCCUCGGUCUUGAAGACGGUACCAUCACUGAUGACCGCAUGACAGCGUCAGAUCAUAACCAAAACUGGCCUGCCAGUAAGGGACGGCUGAACUAUAACGGUGGAUGGGCAGCAAGAAGCCUUAUCGAUCCAUGGAUAGAGGUGGAUCUCAUCGAGGCUUCAUUGAUAGCUGGCGUCAUCACACAAGGCGACGGUGAUUGGUAUGUGACGCAGUACAAGGUGGCUUACAAGAACCAGCCUUCAUCACACUUUGAACACGUUACAGAUGGAAGCGGAAACAUCACGAUUUUCAUCGGUAAUACUGAUGGCAACACUCCGGUCACUAACCUGUUUUAUGAGAGUGCGGUGGCCACUGUAAUGCGUAUUGAGCCAACUAAAUGGAGUACCGGUGUGGGACUGCGAUUGGAAUUACUUGGAUGUAACCGAGAUUAA